CAAGUAUAUUUUUCAUCAAAAGAAAUGCGCCAAGAAAGUCUUCGUGGUUGCCCUUCUCUGCGGCAUGGACAAGAGCGACCGAAAGCUUCUCAAGGCAAUGGCUUGCUUCAAAAAAGCCAAGACUCAUGACAGCCACUUGCCUCUCAAGCCAGAUACCUGCCCUGGUAGCUCAGGUCUAGAACUUGAUAUUAAGGGGACUGUCACCUUCUCCUUUUACAAAAACCUCAAGAUUGGCAACUUCGGCGAGAAACAGUGGGCUGUCCUUGCCCCUGUCUUCACAGACAAGAACACCAAAUUGACACUAGACCCUGGCUCCAUCUUGCCCGUUGUGGGUGAGAUGCGAGGAAUGGAUAGCGGCGCUUUCGGCGAGGUGUCUCAGGUAGCCAUCCAUGAAAAUCACUGGUCCAAGCCCAUCCUGAGAUAUGAUGGCCUGCGAGCCGACAUCGCCAUCAAAAAGAUCAAAGGAUUUGGGAGAGAGAUCACGGACACUCAAAAACUCGACCAGUUACAGAAAGAGUGGGACCGGGAGGUUGGAGCACACAUCGCCAUGCGCGACGCCCAGCACAAGCACAUCAUCGAAUUCAUUACAGCGGUGGAGAGGGGCUACGAUCGGUUCUUGAUGUUCCGCUGGGCUGAGGAAGGUAACCUCCGAACCUUCUGGGGGAAUAACAACCACCCGGCCCUCACGAGCGCCCUGGUAAAGGAUGUUGUUUACCAGAUCCGAGGCCUUGCAGACGCACUUCACAAGCUCCAUACUGGAAACAAGGUCGGGGGCGAGUCGUUUCGGCACGGGGACCUCAAGCCCGAAAACAUUCUUUGCGUCACUCUCACGCCUCCCCAAGACGACCAUGGCACCACCAGCAUCCCAGAACUGAAAAUCUCAGACAUGGGCCUGGCCAAACGCCACAAUGUUGCCACUGAGCUCCGCCCACAAACCAGCAUGCGCUACACAACUGCCAGGUACGAACCUCCGGAAGUGAUCUUGCCGGAACUCGGGCAGGGCCGUUCCAGGAGAUACGAUAUGUGGUCGUUUGGGUGCGUCAUCCUCGAGAUGAUCAUCUGGCUCUUCUAUAGCAACGACGAGUUGGAGGAUUUCAACAAGCAAAUCGUGGACGAAAUGGGCCAUGGGAGUCACUGGUUCGAGAAGAGUCAGGGCCAGGCCGCAGUUGUGCAUCUUCACGUGCGGAAUAUCAUGCACAAGCUACGGACCGAGGACCACGAGUGCGCCACCGAGACGGCUAUGCGAGAUCUCCUUGACAUUGUGGAGACGAAACUUUUAGUGGUGAGGCUUGGAGUCGGCACUGCCACUGCUGGCGGGGAGUCGGGCCCCAGGUCGAGCCCUGGAUCUCGGAUCUACACAGAGGAGCUCUUGGUGGAUUUGGACGGAAUGGUAAGGAAAGGCGAGAGGAAUGAGCGCUACUGGUUUACAGGCACGAGCCGGGAAGGGAUCGGCAAGCUCAGUGAAGCCACCAAAGAUUCACAAAUCCCGAUACGGCAGGCCCUGCUCUCUCCGGAAGCAGCGCUGGCUCCCGGGCAACGGCCCCUACCGGCAAUUCGAGGGCCCGAUGACUAUCUCGCACGCGAAGAGCACGAACACAUCAUCAGCGUUCAGGUUCCAACCGCAUCUGAGAUAAGAACGAGAAAAGUCGAGUUCCCAGUCGACAACAAGUUUGCGACUGAGCUUCUUCAACCGCUGGCAAACAACGAUCUGUUUCCGAUGUCCACCCCAUCAGCGCGGCUGUGCGACCGAUGCCAAGGGUUUGAUGUCGGCAAGCCCUUCUUCAACAUCAUCGAUACUUUAUCAGACCUCGAGUCCAGCCGGAGCUCGUGUGACUUUUGCAAAAUGCGGUGGGAGGUUUGCCACAGCCCCAACGGGGAACCAGUGCAAAGCAUCCGCUUCGAUCGUGACCAGUCGACUCUGAAACUCAACGAGAGCCUUCUUCCCGUCAUCUCCAUCUGCCGUAGCCCAGAUCUCGCCAGCCCCCACGCCAACGCCAUCCAGAUCGGCCUGCCCCAGAUCGCCGAGGCCGCCAGCCGCCAGCACUUCAGCACUCUCCGACGCUGGCUUUCAGACUGUGACAAAAACCACCCGAAAUGCCACCCCGUCGAGAGGAGCCGGCCCGCCCCCCGCCCGCCAACCCGCCUCAUCGACGUGGGCACCGUCGCCAUGCCGCUCGCGCGACUUUUGGACACCCAAGCCUCCUUCCCGGCAUCCGCCCCUUACAAAUACGCCGCGCUCUCGCACCCGUGGGGUCCCGAGCCUCACUUCUGCACCUUCUCGUCCACGCUGGAUCAGCACAAGCAGCGCAUUCCCGUCGAGCGCAGCGACUUCCCGGCCACGUUCCGCGACGCCAUCGCCACGACGCGCGAGCUCGGCCUGCGCCACCUGUGGAUCGAUUCCAUCUGCAUCGUCCAGGGCCCGGACGGAGACUUUGGCGUCGAGUCGAAGCGCAUGGAGGACGUGUUCAGCUCGGCGUACUGCGUCAUUGCCGCCAGCCGUGCCAGGGGCCAGACGGAUGGGUUUCAGGGCCCGAGGAAGCAGCGGCAGUUCCUGGAGCUUCCCGUCAAGAACGCGGGGGCCGCCGCCGGCGGGCAAGGAGGCACGGGGAGGUUGUUUGUGUGUCAGUUCAUUGACAACUUCGGCGAGCAUGUGCUCAACAGCCCGCUCAGCAGGAGAGGGUGGGUGCUGCAAGAGAGGGCGCUCGCGCGGAGGAGCAUCUACUUUACAGACUGGCAGGCGUACUGGGAAUGCGGCGAGGGAGUGCGUUGUGAGACGCUGAGCAUGGUAAACGACAAGCUCGCCUCCUUCUUGGGCGACCCACACUUUCCCUCCAAACUCUCCAGCAACCUGACCGACCGCGGCGAGAAGAUCCGUUUCUACGAAGACAUCUACAAGCGGUACUCGCGCCUGGACUUCAGCCGCAUCACCGACCGCGCCGUGGCCAUCGCGGGGCUCGAGCGGCGCAUGCUCACCGAUCUCAACGCUCGCGGCGGGUUCGGCAUCUUCGACGACGGCCGCAGCCUGCUGCCGCGCACGCUGCUGUGGCGGCGCGGGGAGGGGGUUGCGGCCCUGCAGCGCAUUCCUCCCGACCAGGACGCCGCCGCGGCCAGUCGUCGGGCUCGGCCGCCCAGCUGGUCGUGGGCCGCAUACGACGGCGCAAUCGACUUCCUGGCUCUGCCGCUCGGCGAGGUCGACUGGUGCGAGGACCAGAUCCACAGCCCCUGGAAAGACCGUGGGGGGGAGAGAAGAGGGGAAGAGGCGGCGGCGAACGGGCUGCGUGCUGUCGCCUACCCGUUCGUAAAGCAACCGCUUCGACCACUCCUCGAUCCUGGCCAGGGCGAUUUCGAGGUCGUUCUCGACGCGGGCGAGAGCGUAGUUAUUGAGGGGUGGGAGGACUGGAGAUGCGUUGUCGUUGGGACGAAGAGGGUGCCCAGUCACCAGCAAACGCCCGUCAAGGAGAGGACGCACUAUCUGCUGAUCAUCACCACGGCAGGGGGUGGGGCUUACACUCGAAUCGGGGUUGGUACAAUAGUAGGGGGUUUCAUCGGAGAGCGCAUGGCUUCAACAGUUGUGGUGCAUUGAGUCAUAGGUCCUAACAGUGCCUUGCUGGGUAUCUUACAUGUACCUACCCAAUGAUGACUGUACAUAUACUCUAAUGCCUG